AUGCCUCAGGAUUUCCAACAAUCACUGAUUAUUGAAAUGAAAAACAACAUGAUUGACGAAUCAACUGUUGGGUUCAUCGGCUUAGGAGCCAUGGGCGCUCCCAUGGCAAUGCAUUUGGCAGAGAAAUUGCCUUCCGGAACAAAGAUUUAUGCAUUUGACGUAGUUCAAAGCGCAGUCGAUCAGUUAGUUACACAGUUUCCUAGCAGAGUCUUUGCAGGAAAGAACGCCCGAGACGUUGCCGAAAAAUCCAAUAUUAUAUUCAGCAUGGUUCCUGAAGGCGCUCAGGUCCGUAGCGUUUACUUACACCCUGAAACAGGUAUAUGCACAACAGACAUCAACAAUAAGCUCCUCAUAGACUGUUCGACGAUCGACACUGCAACAAGUCUCGAUGUCAAAGCCCAUAUCGAGAAGAAUUUCCCUUCAGCAUUCUUUUACGAUGCGCCUGUCAGUGGUGGGGUGAUCGGGGCAAAGAAAGGAACAAUCGCUUUCUUUUUGGGAUGCGCAGAGGAUGAUGGCAAUCUUCCAAAGAUCAGCACUCUAUUGAGGAUGAUGGGGAAACAAAUCAUUCCAUGCGGUGGCCCCUCACUCGGUCUCGCUGCAAAACUUUCAAACAACUACCUAUCCGGCGUAAUUGCCAUUGCAUGCUCCGAAGCGUUCGAUAUGGGUAUGCGAUCUGGUCUUGAUCCGCGUGUUCUAGCACGAGUGUAUGCGGCAGGAACAGCACAGAAUACGAUCAGUGACAGAUUCUGUCCCGUUCCAGGCAUUGCUCCGGAAGCACCUUCUACAAAAGGUUACAAAGAUGGAUUCAAGGUGCAAUUGAUGAAGAAGGAUUUUGGUUUGGCUGUUGACAUGGCGAAGAGGGUGAAUACACAACUCGUCCUAGGUGAUGCAGGACUUGCCACGUAUCAAGCGGCUAGUCAGGAUCCGAGAUGUAAAGAUUUAGAUUCGAGAGUGGUGUAUAGGUACUUGGGCGGUGAUGAAGAUUGGGAGACUCGCUUCAAAUAG